UGAAAUCAAGGCUAGGUUCCUGCCAUGAUGUCAGAGGGAGAGAAACGGACCGCUUGUUAAUUUCAUCUCCCAGUCAGACCUAGGGAGAAAGGGAGCACGCCAAACCAGCUGUUUCCCCCUGUGGUCAUGACGGCUUCUUCGCACAGUGACUCUUUGGUGGUCUUGUUUGGGGCAACAGCUGGUGCAUAUAGGGCUAAGCUGGGUUCCGAUGAGAGGGAGCUAAUUCUCUUGGUGUGCCAAGUUGUGGAUCUACACAGCAAGAAGGUAGGGACGCUGCACAAAUGUUUGGUGAAGGCCGACAACUUGGAGCUGAGCGAACAAUGUCGGGAGGUGACAGGGUUAACCCCUGAAGGCCUGAGCAAAGCGGAGCCGCUGGACCGGGUUCUCCAACAGUUCAGCCAGCUGGUAUCCAGCGAUUUGAAAGCUCUGGGAAGAAACUCGUAUACGUUCUGCACAGAUGGCCAGUUACUCAUUCGGCAGGUCCUUCAUCCUGAGGCCUCAAAAAAGAAUCUCCUCCUGUCUGACUGCUUUUAUUCGUUUUAUGAUCUACGCAAAGAAUUUCACGAAUGCUACCCUAACUCAGCCGCCGUGAAGGAUCAAACUAUCCAGUCUAUGGCAGAAUAUAUAGGCUAUGGGAUAGAUGAAACAGAGGAAGAUUUUGGAGUGUGGCAAGUGAAGGCCAUGGUGGCCAUUAUUCUCAGCAUGCUUCCAGAUUCAUGCAUUACAGAUCACAGGUUUACUUCCCCGGAAACCGUGAAAUACAAAUACGAAACUGGGCCCUGUAGUAAAUCGGAAGCAGUAGACAGCGAAACCGUAAUACGUGCAAGAGGACUCCCUUGGCAGUCUUCCGAUCAGGACAUUGCCCGGUUUUUCAAAGGCCUUAAUAUUGCCAAAGGUGGCGUGGCCCUGUGUCUGAAUGCCCAAGGAAGGCGGAACGGAGAGGCCCUCGUGCGAUUUGUCAACUCUGAACAGAGGGACCUGGCCCUGGAGCGACACAAACACCAUAUGGGGAGCAGGUACAUUGAGGUUUACAAAGCAACGGGGGAGGAGUUUCUGAAGAUUGCUGGAGGCACCUCAAAUGAAGUAGCCCAGUUCCUCUCCAAGGAGAACCAAGUCAUCAUCCGGAUGAGGGGCCUGCCGUUCACAGCCACUCCGGAGGAUGUCCUGGGCUUUCUGGGAGCCGAGUGUCCAGUCACAGGAGGGAAGGAGGGACUCCUCUUUGUCAAGUAUCCAGAUGGACGGCCUACAGGAGAUGCUUUUGUCUUGUUUGCCUGUGAAGAGUAUGCACAGAAUGCACUUAAGAAACACAAGGAGAUCCUUGGGAAGCGUUACAUUGAGCUCUUCAGAAGCACAGCAGCAGAAGUCCAGCAGGUCCUCAACAGAUACCUGUCCACCCCUCUCAUCUCCACGCUCCCCACACCCAUCAUCCCCGUCAUACCACCCCAGUACACCAUUGCGGCUGGCAGCAUGCGUGACUGCGUCCGACUCAGGGGCUUGCCUUACACCGCCGGGAUCGACGACAUCCUGGAGUUCAUGGGAGACGCGACGGCGGAUAUCAAACCCCACGGAGUCCACAUGGUCCUCAAUCAGCAAGGCCGGCCGUCUGGUGAUGCUUUUAUCCAGAUGAAAUCAUCUGACCGGGCUUUCCUGGUGGCUCAGAAGUGCCACAAGAAGAUGAUGAAGGACCGUUACGUGGAGGUGUUCCAGUGUUCAGGAGAGGAGAUGAAUUUUGUUUUAAUGGGUGGCACUUUAAACCGUAGUGGCUUGUCUCCGCCACCAUGUAAGUUACCAUGUCUUUCGCCUCCGGCCUAUGCUGCUUUCCAGACAGCGGCAGCUGCGGUGAUCCCUGCAGAAGCGGCCAUAUAUCAGUCGCAAGCGCUCCUGCCUCCCACUAGGACCCAGCAAGCUUCAGCCGCUGCUGCCGCCGCCGCCGCUGCUGCGGCCGCCAGCCCUACUAUGACUUACUAUCCAGCUCAGGCUGCACAGCUAUAUAUGAAUUACACAGCUUACUAUCCCAGCCCUCCCGUGUCCCCGACCACAGUGGGAUACAUCACGGCUCCCCAAGCAGCGGUUGCGGCAGCAGCCUCGGCCUCCCACACUCCGAUGCUCCCCCAACACGGUGCUCUUGUCCGGAUGCAGGGAUUGCCCUAUAAUGCAGGAAUGAAGGAAAUCCUCAGCUUCUUCCAAGGAUAUCAGUACGCGCCCGACGACUACAACGGCCUUAUUCAGCUCAACGACCAAGCCAGGAGUGUGUUACAAGCACCGAAAGACUGGGUUUGUUUGUAAGUGUUUGUAACCUCCAGCGAAGCUCCACACGGACGCCAUCCUCCCGCUUUACAACUUCAGCGGCCAGCCCAGUGGCGAAGCUUUGGUCACUUUCCCCAGCCUGGACUCCGCAAAGAAAGCAGUGGCGGAGCGAAGCGGUUGCGUCUUGGGAAGCCACUGUGUGGAACUCUGCCUGAUCUAGCCUUCUAGACCCUCUGAAGGGCAGGCGGGAGUGCGAACAAGCCUUACUCAAAGUUAGCGCCUCUCAAGAACAACAGUGUCUCCCCCCUCCCCACAGCUUUGUCUCAUGCCGACCCGAGAAGGCGUGCAUCUUUGCAAACGGCUUCAACUGAAAGCCAAGGGAUGGACGCCCCCCCACCCCACCCCCAAAUAUUAGAACUUAGUUCUAGAAUGAUUGAUUUUCACAAGUGUUGCCAUGAAAAUCCCCACUCCAUUAAUUUUGAAAUCAUCUACAGCACUUCACCAGUUGUAGCCACAAUGGAUUAUUAUUUUAAAUAUAUAUAUUUUGCAUUACAAUUUGGAGAGGAAAAUGAAGCCUAUCGAUCUCCUUCGAAUCAUCAUUUUAUUUUAAACCCAAACUUGCCAAAAUGUGUGUCUUGUUCUUGUGUGUUUGUUUGUUUGCUGGGGGGAGGGGGGGCAGGGAACGGAACGGAACGUCCCUUCUUCAAAAGAGGGCUGAUGGAAAGAAUGAUUUCCUGAAAUGUGACCUUGGCAAAUCCUCCUGGAUGUUUUUUAUUCCCUUUCGUUAGCUAAAGAAUAGCUUGGGAAGCUACAUCCAAAUGAAAUCACGGAAGAAGCUUUUCAUAUAUAUAUAUAUAUAUAUAUAUAUAUAUAUAUAUAUAUAUAUAUAUGCGCAUUUUGGAGGGUUACAAAACAAAGAAGAAAAUAAAAUAAAGCCAUAUCUGUCUCCUAACAUUCAAGCUGCCAAUCUGUAAAACCAAACAAAGAAAUCCAGAACUUUUAAAAUUCCCCUAGGACAAGAAUGGCACAUAAAUGCUAAGGAGUAGUAAAUUAUAUAUUUUGUUUUAUUUAAGCACCAUAGCUCUCAAAUACUGUAUUAAAACUUUUUUUUUUGCUCUAGUUUAUGUGCAUGCCAUUUGUUUACAAUAUUAUACUUUAUUUGUAUAUGAUGAAGCAAGAAGAGAAGUUGAAGUCUAAGCCGAAUUAGUGCAUGUCUCUUUUUUAUGUAUGUAUAUACAUGUUCAAAGGAUAUAGUUUUAUGUUGCAUAGUGCGCGCUGAAACGUUUACUUGUAGAAGCACUAAAUGAUUUUAGUUUUAUCAUGCCUUGAUCAGGACUUUCUCAAAACGUGCAAUAACAACAGAGGAAACUGGAAGGAGCCCAUUUUUGUAAGAGGCUCUUGAAUACUUAUAUACCCAGAGAUUUUUUUUGCUAAGUGUACAACUUUGAGUAGUACUUAAAAGGGAAUCAGACCCUUUCCCCUCCCAAAUGAUGAUGUAUGCUUCUUUAUAUAAUAAGAAAUAAAAAAAUAUGCUUGCAGAAACAAUGUUGGCUUUCUUU